AUGGAUCGAACGAUAUUGGCAACGCUUCUUGUGGUCUGUGUAUCAUUCGCCAGUGCCCAAUUGCAGACAGUGAAUGGCAGAAUCAAGAUUACCAUCGGAACCACAUCAGGAUGCGGUGACACGGUCAGGUUCAUCGGUGGACUGCCUCCCGUGUACGAGAAGUACAAGCAGUACCUGGAUAUAGAAUUCGUACCUUGGGGCCGAACGCAACGGACAGAAAACGGACUUGUCUGCCAGUUCAGCGAUGCCGAUUGCUGGGCUAAUCGCCUUCAGCGCUGCUCUUUGGACAUGCUGAAGGGGAACCAAGAUGCACAAGUUAGCUACAUGGCCUGCGAAUUCGCUCCACCGUACCCAUCUUUUUUGCAGCAGAGUUUCCAAUGCGCGAGCGCUGCUGGGCUCAGUCUGAUUGAUAUUGAUUACUGCAUGUCAACUACAGGAGACGCUUUGGAAGGCCCAGCGGAGGAGAUUUCAAGAGAGCCAAUGUCUAUUUUAAAUUUCGUUCCGUUCAUAAUGUUUAAUGAUGUGAUCGACGAGGCCCAGCAUACUCAAGCGCUUCAGAGACUUGAGAGUCUGAUCUGCUUUGCUCUUGCCGAUGACCCCACGACAGGAAUCACUCAUUGUCAAAUCUGA